AUGGAAACAUUAGAAUGUUUUGGAUUCAUCAUUACAUGGUAUAUUGUGAUUCGUAUUUUGAUUAUUAGCUGGUUAUGGCCAUUAUUGAAAUAUGUUUGGAUAAUUUAUCUACAAAAUUACAAUGAUCAUAAUCGAAAAUAUUUUCAACCAUCAUCGGAUAAAUGGGCCAUAAUAACCGGCGGUACUGAUGGUAUCGGUCUAGCUUAUUGCCAUCAAUUGGCCGAAAUUGGUUAUCCAUUAUUCAUUAUAAGUAGAUCAUUGAAAAAACUUGAAUCGAUUGCACAACAAUUACGUGAACAAUAUCCACAAUGUCCAGAGAUUCGUAUAUUUCAAUUUGAUUUCAACGAUAAUUUUGAAUCAAAUAAUUAUGAUAACCUCGAAAUGGCCAUUGAACAAUUGUCAAAUAUCGAUAUAUUGGUGAAUAAUGUUGGAAUUUCAUAUCGUACAGCAGAAUUUUUUACUGAUAUAACACGUAUUGAACCAAAUUUUCAUCGAUCAAUAAUCAAUGUUAAUAUUGUAUCAGUAUUACGUUUAACAUUAAUCUGUUUACCACGUAUGAUUGAACAACAAAAUGGUAUCAUCAUCAAUAUCAGUUCAUUAUCAGCAAUUUGUCCUAUGCCAUUAUUGUCUGCAUAUUCAGCAAGUAAAGCUUGUGUUGAUUAUUUUAGUCAAUGUCUAUGUUUGGAAUUAAAUGAUCAAUAUCCGAAAAUUUUCAUACAAAGUAUAUUACCUGGUUUUGUUGCCACAAAAAUGUCAAAAAUGUCACCAUCACGUACAGUACCAUCGGCUGAUAGUUAUGUUCAUUCGGCAAUACUGUCUAUUGGACAUACGAAUCGUACAUUUGUUUUUAUUUUACAUUGUCUUCAUUAUAAACUUUAUCAAUUCUCCAAUCAUUGUUUUAUCGAUAUUUAUAGACGAAUUGCUUAUAAACAAAUGCUUAAAUUGCGGCAAAAAUAUUUACGUAAAGAAGCAUUGGCUAAAUGUAAAAGAAUUCAAUAAUUUUGAUGAAUUUUUUUUAAUCAUUAACUUACCUAUUGAAUCAGGUGAAUCAAUUAUUUGCACAAUUUUUUUUUU